AUGGUGAAGGAAAGGAAGUACUAUGAUCUGCUCGGCGUCCCUGUGACCGCCACUGAGGCGGAAAUAAAAAAGGCCUACCGCCAGAAAGCCCUUAAAUAUCACCCGGAUAAAAAUCCGGAUAGCGCAGAUAAGUUCAAAGAAAUCUCUCAAGCAUUUAUGGUUCUGAGCGAUCCUGAAAAAAGAGAAUUAUAUGAUGCAAGAGGCGAGCAAGGAAUUAAGGAGGGUGGCGUUGAUUCAGGUGGAAUGGCUGACCCAAUGGAUAUAUUCCAAAUGUUCUUCGGGGGUGGUCGUUCUCGCGGACCCCGUCGAGGCAAAGACUGUGUGCACCAGUUGUCAGUGACUUUAGAAGAGCUAUACAAUGGCAGUGUUAGGAAACUUGGUGUUACGCGAAAGGUUAUAUGUGAUCAGUGCCAAGGUCGUGGUGGCAAGGCGGGUGCCGUUGUAACCUGCCGCACAUGUCGAGGUACAGGCAUCCAGACUCACGUUCGCCAGUUAAACGUCGGGUUCGUUCAGCAGAUACAGACUACCUGCAGUGCAUGCAAGGGCGAAAAAGAAAUUAUCGAUCCAAAGGACUGUUGCAAAAAGUGUGAAGGCAGAAAAGUUGUCCGCGAAACCAAGGUGAUUGAAGUCCCAAUAGACAAAGGGAUGACUGAUGGUCAAACAAUCAAAUUCCAUGACGAAGGUGAUCGCGAACCGGGCUUAGAACCCGGCGAUCUUAUUAUUACCCUUGAUGAGCAACCGCAUAGCCGUUUCAUCAGACGUCGAAACGACUUGAUACACACUAUAGAAUUAUCACUCUCUGAAGCCUUGUGUGGCUUCCAGCGAACAAUACGAUCAUUAGAUGAUCGGACACUAGUGAUAACUUCCAGACCGGGUGAGGUGUAUACUAA